AUGGCUACCACUGCAGCUAAACAAGGGACCAAAAUUGUCUCCAAAACAUCAGCGGGAGGCGCCGGGGCUGCGGCAGCCGGCGGUGGGGCUCCCAUAAUACCCCUGGCCUCCCCGCUCAUGGGGAAAAAGAAGAAGCCGUUCCUGGGCAUGCCUGCUCCGCUGGGAUACGUGCCCGGUCUCGGCAGAGGUGCCACUGGUUUCACCACCCGGUCUGAUAUUGGUCCUGCUCGUGAUGCCAAUGACCCAGUGGAUGACAGACAUGCUCCCCCGGGGAAAAGAACCGUGGGAGACCAAAUGAAAAAGAAUCAGGAUGAUGACGAUGAAGAUCUUAAUGACACCAACUAUGAUGAGUUUAAUGGUUAUGCAGGUAGCUUAUUCUCCAGUGGGCCCUAUGAAAAAGAUGACGAGGAAGCAGAUGCUAUAUACGCAGCCCUGGACAAGAGGAUGGAUGAAAGACGCAAAGAAAGAAGAGAGCUAAGAGAAAAGGAAGAAAUUGAAAAGUAUCGUAUGGAGAGACCUAAAAUCCAGCAACAAUUUUCAGAUCUGAAGAGGAAGUUGGCGGAGGUGUCAGAGGAGGAGUGGUUGAGCAUCCCUGAAGUUGGAGACGCGAGGAACAAGCGUCAAAGGAACCCCCGCCAUGAGAAACUCACGCCUGUCCCCGAUAGCUUCUUCUCCAAGCACCUGCAGAGCGGAGAGAACCACUCCUCCGUCGAUCCUUUGCAAGGACUGGGAGGCCUGAACACACCUUACCCCGGGAGCAUGACCCCUGGUCUGAUGACACCUGGAACAGGAGAACUGGAUAUGAGGAAAAUCGGUCAGGCCAGGAACACUCUCAUGGAUAUGAGGCUCAGUCAGGUGUCUGAUUCUGUCAGCGGGCAGACUGUGGUGGAUCCUAAAGGAUACCUUACAGAUCUUAACUCCAUGAUCCCCACGUAUGGAGGAGAUAUCAGUGACAUCAAGAAGGCUCGCUUGCUGCUCAAGUCAGUGAGGGAGACCAACCCCCAUCAUCCGCCUGCCUGGAUUGCUUCUGCCAGGCUGGAAGAGGUCACUGGCAAACUGCAGGUGGCGAGGAACCUGAUUAUGAAAGGCACGGAGAUGUGUCCAAAGAGUGAAGAUGUGUGGCUGGAGGCGGCUCGGCUCCAGCCUGGAGACACGGCCAAAGCUGUUGUAGCGCAGGCUGUCCGUCACAUGCCACAGUCCGUCCGCAUCUACAUCCGAGCUGCCGAGCUGGAGACGGACAUCCGAGCCAAGAAGCGGGUUCUCAGGAAGGCCCUGGAGAAUGUGUCCAAGUCAGUGCGACUGUGGAAGGCAGCUGUAGAGCUGGAGGAACCAGAGGAUGCCAGGAUCAUGCUCAGCAGAGCUGUGGAGUGCUGCCCGACAAGUGUGGAGCUGUGGCUGGCACUGGCCCGUUUAGAAACUUACGAGAACGCCCGUCGCGUCCUGAACAAAGCCAGAGAGAACAUCCCCACGGACCGCCACAUUUGGAUCACGGCUGCCAAGCUGGAGGAGGCCAACGGCAACACUCAGAUGGUGGAGAAGAUCAUUGACAGAGCCAUUACGUCACUGCGGGCCAACGGUGUGGAAAUCAAUAGAGAUCAAUGGAUUCAGGAUGCUGAGGAGUGUGAUAAGGCGGGCAGCGUGGCCACUUGUCAGGCUGUGAUAAGGGCAGUCAUCGGCAUCGGCAUUGAAGAGGAGGACCGUAAACACACAUGGAUGGAGGAUGCUGACAGUUGUGUGGCUCAUGGAGCUCUGGAGUGUGCCCGAGCCAUCUACGCCCACGCCCUUCAGGUGUUCCCCAGUAAGAAAAGCGUCUGGCUCCGAGCUGCCUACUUUGAGAAGAACCACGGCACCAGGGAGUCUUUGGAGGCGCUGCUGCAGAGAGCCGUGGCUCACUGUCCCAAAGCUGAGGUCCUGUGGCUGAUGGGCGCCAAGUCCAAGUGGUUGGCCGGCGACGUCCCAGCAGCUCGAAGCAUCCUCGCUCUGGCCUUUCAGGCCAACCCAAACAGUGAAGAGAUUUGGCUUGCUGCAGUUAAACUGGAGUCUGAGAACAACGAGUAUGAAAGAGCCCGUCGACUGCUGGCUAAAGCUCGCAGCAGUGCCCCCACAGCCAGGGUUUUUAUGAAAUCCGUGAAGCUGGAGUGGGUGUUGGGAAACAUAGAAGCUGCUCAGGAUCUGUGCACUGAGGCGCUGAAACAUUAUGAGGACUUCCCCAAACUUUGGAUGAUGCGAGGUCAGAUCGAGGAGCAGUGUGAGAACAUGGACAAGGCUAGAGAGGCCUAUAACCAAGGGUUAAAAAAGUGUCCGCACUCGGUGGCGCUGUGGUUGCUGCUGUCUCGUCUUGAAGAGCGAAUCGGACAGCUGACGAGAGCCAGAGCCAUCCUGGAGAAGGCUCGGCUGAAAAACCCACAGUGUGCCGAGCUGUGGUUGGAGUCGGUCAGGCUGGAGUAUCGCUCCGGAUUGAAGAACAUAGCCAACACACUCAUGGCCAAAGCCCUGCAGGAAUGUCCAAACUCUGGCAUCCUGUGGGCUGAGGCCGUGUUCCUGGAAGCCAGGCCUCAGAGGAAGACCAAGAGCGUUGACGCUUUGAAAAAGUGUGAACAUGAUCCUCACGUGCUGCUCGCUGUAGCCAAGUUGUUCUGGAGUGAGCGUAAGAUUACUAAAUCCAGAGAGUGGUUCCUCAGAACCGUGAAGAUCGAGCCUGACCUGGGCGAUGCUUGGGCUCUCUUCUACAAGUUUGAGCUGCAGCAUGGCACCCAGGAGCAGCAAGAGGAAGUGCGAAAGCGCUGCGAGAAUGCGGAGCCCCGCCAUGGAGAGCUGUGGUGUGCCGAGUCCAAACAUGUCCUGAACUGGCAGAAGAAAACAGGAGAGAUCUUGGAGCAGGUAGCCAGCAAGAUCAAGAACACGUUCUGAAAUUUGGGAAGUGUGGACUGAAACCACCUGGAGGACUCUGGCAGUCACCGGCAGAGCGGAGAGCAGCUACAGACUUGAUUGUGCUCCACCAAAACUUGCCACACACAAAUGUUAUCAUUUAAGGAAAAACGCAUCUGAGCUCACAGGAAGUUUAUAACGUCAAGUUUUAAAUUGAAUUAAAAAAAGGGGAGAAAAAUACAACUUUUCCUUUUUUUAAGAACUUCUUCUGGUCUCUGAUGUAACUUUCUUUGGCGAUUCUUCUGUGAGGUUUUGCCGUCUCUUCCGAAGCAUCUCAAACAUCUGCUAUUAUAAAGCAUCAUGCUAGAUUAUUUUUUUUUCUCUUUUCUACGUCAUACUGGAUAUAAUCCCUCCCCCACAAAAAUAAACAAAUUGUUUCAUUUGUCUCUCUUUAGUUCUACUCUUUACCUGAAUGUUUCUGUAUUUGUUCUUGGCAUGAAAGUUCAGCCAGUUUAGAAGUGUCUUCAAACUUAUGAAUUCUCAAGGAAAAAAAUAAAUAAACAGAAAUGUGAAUUCA